AAAACGAAUAGCACAAAAGUCUAGGGGUUGAAGAAGAAAACAUUUGGAAAGUUGCACGUUAAGGAUCAGGGACGGAGAUUUCACGGCCGAGUGGUGAACAAUCGUGGAAGAUGCGAGGGCGAGAGGAAAAGCGAAGAAAGUUACACGAAGCUCUUCUUCAAACACUCUAUCCUCCUUCAUCGCCUUCCUCUUCUCCGUCUCCGGUUUUAGGGUUUGAUGACGAACCGUUCGAUGUAACACUCAUAAACCCAGAGGAUUACUUGAACAUUGAUUCAUCAAAUCACGGCGACGACCAUGAAAACGGAGACGAGCCAGAGACUAAACCGAGUCGAGCGCAGAGGAAGAGGAUCAGAAAGAAGAUGCUCAAAGAGGAAGCUGCUCGACGGAGGAAAGUUAUCGGACCUCUGCUUCCGACAGAAAUGAUUGAGACCCGCGAAGACAGCAGCGGUGGAGAAGAGGCGAGUUGCAUACAACCCGCUCGACUAAAUGCCUCAGAGAAAGAAGAGAAAGUGAGCUUUGAGGGCAAUGAUAAGACGAAAAAAGUCAAGCAGAGGAGAGAGGCAAAGAAACUUGCCAAAGAGAGUUCUAACCCAACUCAUAUCCAGGAUCCAACCUCUGAAACUUCUUGAUUAGAGUGAAAAAUAUAAUCGGAAUCCUUAGAUCUUGAUUAUUCAUAGAACCCCAUUAGGGUCUCUUAAUCACUUUUUUAAUAAUAAAUAUGUGUUUAGAACUUUAGUUUCUUGAUUAAGGGUUCUUAAAAAAUUUUAUAAAAAAAAAAGUAUCA